AUGGGAUCUCUCUCUCUCUUCUCCGUCAAUGCCGUCCUUGUGAUGUCGGCCGAUGACGGCUCUCGCAUAUUCGCCAAGUACUACUCACCACCUCACCCCCCGGCCGGCGUUGCCCCCAAUUCCACCGACUACCCCGGAGCCAACCCCUACCCGACACUCAAAGAACAGAAGGCAUUCGAGAAGGGCCUGUUAGAGAAGACCAACAAGCAGACUAGCGAUGUCAUCCUGUACGACAAUCGUAUUGUUGUUUUCAAGCUGGAGAGCGAUGUGAUGCUCUACGUGGUCGGCGGUGCGGAGGAGAACGAAGUGCUACUUUACAACGUUGUUCUCUCGCUGCGAGAUGCCCUGGGAAUACUGUUCAAGGGUGCCACGGACAAGCGCACAAUUGUUGAGAACUACGACCUGGUCGCCCUGGCCAUUGAUGAACUGAUCGACGACGGUAUCAUUCUCGAAACGGAUCCUGUGUUGAUUGCGUCCCGUGUCAGCCGGGCGCCUCAACCCGACGCACCGAACUUGAAGAGCAUUGAUCUUUCCGAACAAGGUUUGCUCAAUGCCUGGGAGCUUGGAAAACGGCGCCUGGCGGAGGGAUUGAGGCAGAUGUAG